GGUGCGGCGUCCUUCAGUCUUUGAGACAGAACCGUACGCUGCACUCCCGCGAUCGCGUUAAUUAUAUCUAAUUAGCUUGCAAUCGUUUGUACGUAGCUGGUUUGCCAUAUACGUAAUUAUCGCGUACCUGUCUCUCUGACAACCCUAGUUUUAGAUUUACCGUUGAUUUAUAUUCCAAUUUUAAAUUUUAUUUUUUUCUUUUUACUAUACGUUAGUGUUAAGUUAGGUUAAUUCCGCCAUUUUGUCGUGUAAUUUUUGCCGGGAAAUCGUUAUGGUUAGCAAGGAGGCCGUACCCGUGGUUGAUGUGACGAAAAAGAGGAAGAGAAGGAGACGCAGAACUGGGAGAGGGGCCGCUUUGCGGCGUGCGAAGAGGACAGGGUCCCUUGCCCCGGUGGAGAAGGUCGUGGCGUCGUCUCCCGUGAAGUGCGCGGUACAUGCGUUUCUGAUGCGGUAUCAGAGCGCUUUGAGAAAGGUCCCGGCGCAGUUGCCUCCCAGGGUCCACGCGGGCCCGCCCUCCAAACGGGUGAAACGCGUUUCGUGGCGUCACGAAGAGACGCUGGCGCCGAGCGGAGGCGGCGACCCGGCGGUGCUGGCCGUGGGUCCGGCGCGGCGGCCCCUCACCUACACCCGGGAGGAGCUCCUGCGUCUGCGCAACUCGCCGCUCGUCAAGAAGGGGCUCGAGAACGCGUUCGCCGGUUGUGACGCUCUGGCGCUCGUGUUGAAGAGACGUUCCGAUUCGCCGAAUGAAGACGACCGGGGUGCGAGGGGGGACGCCCCUAACGAAAACCAUAAGGGUGUGUACGGACGCGACCGCGAACGCGAUCGCGAGCGGCGCUCGGCGGACCCGCGCGAGCGCGUGCGCAAGGAGAGCGAGACCGGGGUGGGCGGCGUCGGCAUCGUGCUCAGUCCGCAGCGGAGGUCGUUCACCUCUGGCUGCGGCGCCCCGGCGGCGGCGGCGCCCGCAGCGCCCCCGCACGUGGCCCGCACGCGGCCGGAGUCUCCGCUGUCCGCGACGCCCGCCGCCGCUCAGACCGCACCUGCCAAGACAGAACAAGGUGGUGGCGGGCGGCGCAUCGGUUCGGGGCGCAUCAUGGUGCGCGACGUGGGCGCGGAGCCCUGGGGCGACGAGCGUGAGCACCGCGCGGAGCCCUACCGCCCGCCGCACAACCGCAACCACACAGCCGACCAGCGGACCAACAACGAUAGAUACGACCGGCGCUCGUUCAGCCGAGACUCCUACUCCUCUGACAUCAAGAGGGAACGGGACGACCGAUUCAACAACGAGAAGGGCCGAGACAGAGAGGACAACCGUAGAUCUGGUGGUCGCUUCUCUCAACGUCGUUUUGAGAAAGAAGAUGAACCCGAAUGGUUUAGUGGAGGGCCGACGUCCCAGCUGGAGACGAUAGAGUUGCGCGGCUUCGACGAGCCCACCAAGAAGGCCAGCCAGCCGCCCGCCAAGGACGAGAAGUGGAACAACAACGGGUCUAGAUCACGCGCGGACACGUCUUCACCCGACAACACCAGCACCAGCACUGCGCCGGCCACUGACAACAAUGAAAAGGAGCCGGUGGUGGAGACUAAGUCGGAAGAGGGCGCGACGAACGAACAACCCGACUUCAACUUAGACGAGUUCCUCAAAUUCGACACCAUUCCUGAUGUGCUCACGAACGGCAGCGGGGAGUCCGAGCGCGGCAGCCGCUUCAGCCGCUGGUUCCGCCGCGAGAGCCCCACCAACGAGGGCCGCCACUACGAGCGACUGCUGCACAAUAUAUGCGAUGAGCUGGAGAGCACGCCGCUGUCGCCGCAGCCGACGCCGGUGUCGGAGCCGCACUCGUUCGCGCCCAUCUCGCCCGCGCGCCGGCCGCCGUCGCUGCUGCAGCUGCUGCGCCAGGCCAACGCCGGCACCGACGCCGCCGCGCCCCCUAGCGGCAACAUGGGCGGCAAGAUCCACAGCCUGGAGGAGCUGGAGGCCCGCCUCAGGCCGCAGCACGCUCCGCCCACGGAACACGAUCUGUCCGCCUUCAAACGAUUGUUGGCGCAGGUGUCGGGCGGCCACGCGGUCACGGAGCAGAGACCUCCGCAACAACAGCCCAUGAGUAUUAUGCAGAUGUUGAACAAGAGCGUGGAGCAGCAGCAGAAGGCGCAGCAGCAGCCGCAGAUCCCGUCGGAGCUCCUAUACAAGCUCCUGCAGGUCCAGCGUCAGCAGCAGCAGCAGCAGCAACAACAACAGCAACAGCAGCAACAACAGUCUGUCGACAUGGGCAUCCACAGCGCGGACAGGGAGUUACUACAGAGGCCUGAGGCCCAGGCCAUCGUUCACGGUCUGAAAGCGGGCGAGAUAACAGUGCAGCAUCUGAUCCAACAACUGGGCAACCCGGGGCUCCAGAGCAGGCACCGGGAGGUGCUGCAGACCAUACUGAGGAUCCACCAGCAACAGAGACAGCAAAUGGCGGGUUCCCCGCUGCCCCCAGGCGUGGGCAACGUGGGCGUGGGCGCCGCCCCACACCUCGUGGUGCCGCCGCACCACCAGCCGCUCAGACUCUCGCCGCUGCCACAUCCAGCGUUCUGUGUGUCGCCGAUCAUGGCCACCAGUCCCAACACACUAGCCGUGCACCAUCCAGGAGUGCCGGGCCGCAUCCCGUCGCCGCGCGAGCUGGUUGCGCACACGCAGUCCAUCAUGCAGGGCGCGCUCAUCAAGAAGAAGCUGGAGGAGCAGAAGGAGAACUACCGCCGUCGGCACGAGCUGCAGACCAAGCAGUCCACUCCGAUCUCAUUCACACCCACAUCGGUGCUACGUAAGAUGACAGCAGACAAAGACGAAGCGCCGGUCCCGAAACAGCAGCAGUGGGCGCCGCACAAGGUGCCUCAAGGCAGGCCCAUCGUCAAGGGUAACCAAAGCGGCGCGCCUCCCCCGAUGGGUUACCCGUCCACCCCUGACUAUCAGCAGCAAUUCCUAAACCAACAACAGCAAAUGGUGGGUGGAGUUCGUCCGUUUCCUACACAUGCCCAGCAGAGGCAACAGGUACCAAAUUCGUACAACAACAUGAACAACAUGCGCGGCAUGGCGGGGGGCACCACUCUGCACCAGCUCCUCGUGCAGUCGCACCAGAGGACCCUCAACGAAAUGGGCGGCGGGCACGCGGGUGGAGUCGCGGGCGGAGGCGCGGGAGACAACCAGCUGGCGCGGUGGUUCUCGCCGGAGCUGCUGGCGCGCGCGUCGGCGGGCAAGCUGCCGUCUGUGCACGUGCCCAACGCGCUCUCGCUGGAGGAGCUCGAGCGGCACCAGCAUCAGCACCAGCACCAGCACCACAACCACCACCAGCACUCGCCCGCGCCGCCCGUGCGCAACUGAGCCGAUACAUUGACUAUCGAGUGUUUCUAAAUUUUGCGUCAUUUUGAUAAUUUACAUUUACAACAAUAUUACAACAGAUGUUGUUUCAAAGUUAAUUCUGAUAUUAUUUACAUUUACAAAAAAUAUUACAACUGUUGUUUUACCUGAAAUUUAACAUGAGUGAAGUCUGAAAAGGUAAAGCUCACUAAAUGUCCUCUGUUAAUUUAAAUUAGUUUUUUUUUUUUGUAAUUUUUAUUUAUACUAAAGUUGAAAGUAAUUGUCAAUUUUUUUUAAGAGAAAAGAUAAGUAGUGUACUCAUAUAACGUUAAUUGUGUGAAGCUUAGACCCGCUGUGUGGUUUUAUGAAAUGUGGUGUUCGUGGUGGCAUGUGUAAAAGUGAAAUUGUCAUUGAAGUCUUCGAUGAUGGAAUUAACUAUGGUGAGAUACUAUAAUUUACAUCAUUCGGUCGAAGUAAGAUUCUCUGCAACAGCUAAUUUGUGCGACAACAUUUCAUACGAAAAUUACUUAAAUUUUGUUUGACCUUUGCAUGCGUCACCACCACUUUUAAUUUUUAUGUUAUUGUAAAAAUCUGAUAAAAAGAAGCAUUUAUUGAACACCAUGUAUCAGAUACCAUCGACAGUGACAGCGCGAGACUUGUGUAUAUUUUUUUUUUCUGAAGAGGAAGUUUUAUUCGACAACUCAAUAAAGCCCUGUAUUCGAAAGCAAAUGCUGAUAAUAAAAAUCAAACCUGUUUUCGAUUAGGGCUUAAACAGUGAACUAAUAGAAAAAAAAUAUUAAAUAAUAAAUUGAAGAAGCAUGUUUUGGGUCCCAGUCGUUGAAAAAUUGUAAUUAUGUAAAUAACCAAAAUGAAUUGUAUGGAUUUAUGAUUUUUUUUUCUGCAACCAAAAUGUGCUAGGCAAAUAGGUCCAAAGGACUGGCGCCAGUGUUCCGAUGUUCGAUGAAGACUCGAUCGUUUUUUUUAGAUGCAGAUUCUCUAAGGAACUUUAAUGUAAAUAUAAAUGUAACCAAGUUACUGGCAUUUAACUUUGUCAAAAAAAAGGGUGGUUUAUACGAAGACACAAUAUGAAAGAACUGUGUUGCAACAGAAGUUAUGACUCGAUAAGACUUGGUGAUUCAAUUGAUACUAGAAUCUGCUAGUCAUACACUUCUCUGCUAUACUUUGGCUAUGAAUUGUACAAUUGUUUAACCACUGUCACAAUUAUCUAAUUAGAGAUCUAGAAGUCCAUGACAUGUUGACAAAAGGAUUCUAGGCCUCAUCAGAACUGAGGUCAGUGUUCAGAAAUACGAAAAAUACAGUUUGGAGUUUCGACGGUUACUUCACGCAUUCAUAUUUAUUUAUUUGUACAUAUAUAUGUUUAAUAUUAGUCCGAAUGCGUUUUACGACCAUCUAGACUUAGUUUAGAACUGCGAACAAAUAUACCAUUUGACGGGUGACUACUAGAAAUAAAGCGUGAAAUAAAGUGGAAUAUUUUAUCUUAAAAAUAAACAAAGUCUCCAUAUAAAUCUCAUUGUAUUGUUUUUCUUGUUUGUUGACGUCAUGGAGAAAAUUACUUUUUUUGGGAGAUUUUUAGCUAUAAAUCUAACAUGGUAAUCUGAUGUUUCACAGAGGUUGCAUGUAUUGUAUAUCAAAUUAUCAUUUUGAUAUUUUGUUGGAUUAUAACUAUUAUGAGAUAAAAUAUUACACUAUGUAUGUACUGUUCACACUUUCAACUAACAAACAUAUAGUUACUACAUAGAUCUCGAUGAAAUAUCCAUAUACAUAUAUUUUCUAUAUACUAAUAAAACAUGACAAGUUUUGAAAGAUUAUCAUAAAAAAAUAUUCAGCCUUAGCAAAAUUUUGUUACACUAAAUUUUUAUAUUAGUUUGGAUUUAGAUUAAAAACUGCUGCAUUAAAAAAAUAUUAUGUAAGUUCGUCAAAGUUCAUGUUAUGAAUUCUGAACCUAUGUAUUAACAAUAUGUAAUAGUAUUAUAUCUGAUGUUGGUGCAUACUGUCAAACAUCUUUUGGAUUGUUUGUUUUUUGGGAGUGUGCAUUCGACAUUAACAUUGGACUCGACAUGUAAUUUUGGAUUUGCGACUUUAGCUGCUCCCCGUAUUCGUAAAGAACUCAAUGACUAAAAUAUCAAAAUCGCAGUCUUCAUUUAAUUUUACGAAUGCGUUGAACGCAAGUAUUUGUACUGGACUUUAAGGUAGAAGCUGAUGACAGGACAUUUUUGAUGUAUUUCUUUGUAUAAUGGAGUAGUCAUGGCGCAUUAUAGUUUAUUACUUGUCCAUGUUCUGUCAGCUCCCUUUAUUAGUUCUUAUGACCUCAGAUUGGGAGACGCGAAGAUCCACAUACAGGCUAUUCAUUAUAUUCUUCUUAAAGCUAAGUGCGCAUUAGGAUUUAUUUUUUGAGACAAUUUUGUAACCGCGCUGUUAUAUCAAUAUAUAUUUCUCGCGUAUUUGCAGGGAUUAUUCUAGAAAUUUGCAUUUCCGCGACAUAGUUAUCGCGCGUUAAAAAGUCAUAGUGCGCGCUUAGUCUUAGAUAUGCGCUACAUGCGAAAUUAUUCCCUGUUGCACUGAUAUUUAGGAAAAAAAAUAUUUGAUGGGUUCAAUUGCAUUUGUGUUGAACCCUUACGUCAUUGCAAAAUAGAUUGUUUUGCUCAAACAUCGUGGCAUUGCAAGUUAUAUCUUAAGAUGAAUGAAGUGAAUAAAGUUACUGAACCGCUGGGCGCAGUAACGUGACCUCUGUAAAAGUAAAAGUUACAACGACCUCCGUUCGACUUUCUUGCGCCUAGACCUUCCUAAGUCGAUAGGUUGAUAUUGAUAGCAGAUGUGUGCAUGCGUGAGUGAAUGGGGUAAAUGUUAUGUAUUUGUAUGUCUACGGUUGUGUUUGUAAGCAUUUUUUGUUACUACGUCAUUUUCGUGAGAAGGAAAAUAUUUACGUUGAAGAAAAAUAAUAAAGAUAGAGAUAUUGUCAUUUUUCGUGUCUAUACACUUAUCGUUAGGUUAUAGACAUUUUAUGUUGACCUUUUUAGUUUUCAAUCGCGUAAUUUUUUUCGAAUGAACAUUUUGGAAUUAGCACAAGUGUCCGACUUUAUCCAUUUGUGUUUAGGAUUCCUGAAUAUAUUUUUUUAAUGGAUUUUACGAUCGCUCCCGUGCGGGCCCGGGUAGUCGGCCGGUUGGUCGGCGAAGUCAAUUAUAAUUUGGUAGCAAAACAUCAGCGGACAAUAGCGUAGGGUUCCGACCGUCCAUCGCUGUAUCGGCUCAAUACAAAGCAAGCAAUACUCGUCAUAGCUCCCUUUGAUUUGAAUUGAGUAGACCAGAUCAUAAGUAACAGGAUACGCCCGUGGUGGGUGCGCGCGAUGGUUGGAAUUAGAACAGCGCGGUGGUGCAUAAAAUGCGUCCAGUCUUGAGGCCUAAUUCUCGUAAAUCUCUUAUAAUAUUGCGGCCCAGAACGUGCCAUUUCAUUCCAAUGAGACUCAGUAAAAAUAAAGACUUCGUUUACGAUAUUUAGGCCCUUCAAGCGAGUCGCCCCUUGUGACAAUGAAAUUGCGUUGCUAAGACUCGGGAGGCCCAAAUAAGGCGCCGCGUGCUCGCAACACGACAAGAAAGUGUCUCCUGUAAGCUUUAAAUUAUUGAUUAAAGAAAAUUUGAAAGUU